CAGAUAUAGUGAAUGCGGGGUCCGGGGAGACCAGAUAUAGUGAAUGCGGGGUCCGGGGAGACCAGAUAUAGUGAAUGCGGGGUCCGGGGAGACCAGAUAUAGUGAAUGCGGGGUCCGGGAGACCAGAUGUAGUGAAUGCGGGGUCCGGGGAGACCAGAUAUAGUGCAUGCAGGGUCCUGGGAGACCAGAUAUAGUGCAUGCAGGGUCCUGGGAGACCAGAUAUAGUGAAUGCAGGGUCCGGGGAGACCAGAUAUAGUGAAUGCAGGGGUCCUGGGAGACCAGAUAUAGUGAAUGCAGGGUCCUGGGAGACCAGAUAUAGUGAAUGCAGGGUCCGGGGA